AUGGCUGAUCUUAAUACUCUCGCAACUCAAUUUGUUCAAUAUUAUUACGGUGUGUUCGCUUCCGACAGGAAUAACCUCAAACCACUUUACCGUGAUGAUUCUAUGUUAACCUUUGAGGGCGCCCCGUUUAAAGGAGUUAAUGAUAUUAUCUCAAAAUUAACCAGUUUGCCAUUUCAACAAGUGGCACAUCGUAUUGCUACCCUGGAUGCUCAGCCAAGUAUUAAUAACGGUAUCUUUGUGAUGGUUACUGGCGAGUUGCUGAUUGACCAGGAAACCAACGCGACAAGAUUCUCUCAAGCUUUUCAGCUCAUUCCUGAAGGAAGCACUUAUUGGGUGCUUAAUGAUGUUUUCCGUUUGAAUUAUGGUUAA